GGCUAGUUGGUCUGCUUUCCGUGACCAUGGGACUUGGGCCACCCGACAUUUUGCAGGGGCUGUGCGUGGGCUUUUCUGCUGAUCAAUCACAUCGAUACGUGGCAUGUGGCUGUACAUUUGUAUAUCGUGCAUAAAGCAAAGAUGUUCCUCCAAUCCCUCCUUUCCUUCAAAAAUGUGCAUCUCUUCCCGUUUAAAAUCAUCGCUGCCCAUCGCUGGGACUGUCAUUCCACGGCCGGUAGCGGCGGGCGAAGGUCCCAGCGAUGUCAUAGACCUUACUUCAGCCAACUUUGGCGCUGAGACGCAGAAGGCUGGCCUUUUACUGGUCCAGUUCUUUGCGCCGUGGUGUGGCCAUUGUAAAGCGCUCGCUCCUCACUACGAGGAAGCUGCAACAGCUUUAAAGGAGAAGAACAUCACGUUGGGGAAGGUCGAUUGCGUUGAUCAGGCGGACCUUUGCUCAGAAAAUGAUAUACAAGGUUACCCAACGCUGAAGAUCUACAGAAAGGGGAAACCGACAGCAUAUAGAGGGUCUCGCCAAGCCGAUGGCAUCAUCAGUUACAUGACCAAACAAUCUCUCCCGGCCGUCUCGACUGUUGCCUCUGAGAAUCUCGGAGAAUUCAAGGUCGCUGAUAAGGUCGUUGUGCUUGCGUAUGCCACUUCUACCGAAGAAGCCCCCAUUCCUGCCUUCUCUUCCGUCGCUGAGACCUACCGUGACGAUUACUUGUUCGGUUUAACAACCGAUGAGGCGGCCAUCAAAGCGGCUGGCGUCACCCCACCUGCUAUCGUUCUUUACAAAAAGUUUGAUGAGGGUCGCAACGACUUCCCUUCCGAGAAAAUCGCUUCCGCCGACGUCGCCUCUCUAGCCGAUUGGAUCAGAUCCAAUGCUAUUCCUCAUUGACAAGAUAUCUGGAGGAACUAAGACGACUUUCAAAUCCCGGUACUAUCCCGGUGCAAAUUAUUGCGAAAUUCACAUUGCUGCUCAUCCCCCUCUCAACACUUUUGAUGCCAAUGUGGCACCUGAAAGUAGAGGUGAUGCUGUUUUAUAUCUUCUCGGUUUCCAAAUGUUGAUAUACAUAGUUAUGAAUUUCAAUAUACUUCAUGACAUCGAAAUCUGUGUCUGUUUCACUCCCUACUUGGGCAGUGUGGAACUGUAUUAUGGGGCUUGCCGGAUCCAAAAAAGGAAGCCAUGCCUUCUCUACCCUUUAAGCAUGCUGUCCAUGCUCACUCAUGCCUGCACACAGGAAGUGCCAUUGCACCAACAAUCUUGGGGAAUACUCUAAGAAAAACUGCACAACACCAUACCCAAUCCUAUGAAAUAUCUUUCCACC